GGAGAGUGGGCGUUACCUAAUACUGAAGGUCAACCAUGAAAUUGCAUGCUGUAAAAAUAAGCAUGAUAUGUACGUAGCUAGAUCUGGUUUUGCUCUCCACUGGUAGUCUAGUCUGAUCUGUUGUAGCUGGUGAAUAGAUUGAGAUGGCUAGAUUAAGACUCAACACACCGAGCUUCCACUGGAGGAGGAGCUGUCCACCUGUCCACUGCUGUACUGGCAGGAGAAAGGAUGAACAAGUGAAGCCCAAAGCAACUCCACUUCCUUGGGGGAAGAUGAGCGUUAUUUGCUCCGUUCUCUUCGUAAAUCAAUUCGGAAUCAACCUGUUAUUUCCUUUCCUGCCGUACAUGAUACAUGACUUCUUCCCUGAAUUGGAUAGAACACAAAUUGGCCAAAAAGCUGGCUAUCUCGGGUGUGCCUAUUUUGUUGGGAACUUUAUUGGCAGCUUGUUUUGGGGCUGGGUCUCAGAUAUUGCCGGGAGGAGACCCGCUCUACUGAUUGGAAUGUGUGGCAUCAUCGCUUCCGAGAUUUUCUUUGCCUUCAGUCAGACCUUUGCAUGGGCUCUGGCCGCACGUUUUCUCUGGGGAGCCUUGAAUGGAAAUAUUGGAAUCGGAAAGACUUAUAUUUCGGACAUAUGUGACGAUACCAAUCAGGCCAGGGGCUUUGCACUGGUCGGGGUAACAAGAGGAAUAGGACAAUUACUGGGCUCACUAUUGGGAGGGUUCCUGGCACAACCAGCCAGCAAGUACACUGCUCUCCAGUUUGAGAUGUUCUGUCAGUAUCCCUACUCCCUGCCUGUAUUGGUGGGGGCAUUCCUUGGUGUCAUCACUCUCUUUUCUGCAUGGCUCUUUAUGGAUGAGACACUUCGCAAGAAAAAAAAGCAGUCCACCUCUAGUGAUAACUCUUCACAAGAUGACUCUGGUAUUGACCUAGUGUCAGCUGACCCUCCCGGCCAAGAGUCUGAUACUGAGAUGAUGGAUUUGAUGAAGGAUGGUCGGAGUGAAGACACUAUCGACAGGCAACCUUUGUUGAUGGCUGAGAGCGAUAUAGACACUGAUGACUGUGAGAUGGUGAGCUCAGACACAGAGCUGUUAGUGAGAGAGAGACGACCUAGAUCCAAGUGCCCCCGUCCACCAUCUUGUAACCCUCUCUACCCAUGCAUCAAGUUUAAGGAGAGAGUCACUGACUGUGUUGCCAUACCAAUAGCCAUGUACAGAUAUCUGUUAAACUACCGUAAGAGAGGCUCCUGGUCGCCACGCGAGACAUUCAGUGGUAAGAAUGUAUCAAGGCUUGGCAGACAUAUGUAUGGAGGAUUAAAACAAAGAGUCAAGUUAAUAGCUGAUAGACGAGUGUUCUUCUCCACUCUUAUGUAUGGUCUCUUUGCCUUCAUCGGAAUUAUGAGUUUGGAAUUGAUCCCGUUGCUACUGGUUACCAAACACAAAGAUGGUGGUUAUUCUCUGGACGACAAUGAGCUGGGUGUUAUCUUCAUGGUCUCAGCUGUCAUUCAACUGCUGUACCAUCUUUUUCUUUUUCCACUCAUGACAAAGUGGGCUGGAUUCAGGAACACGUUUAGACUAGGUGUAGUCACAUUUGGACUCAUGGCAUUCCUCUUUCCAUUCUCCAAUCAGAUUACAGGACCCAUCGUCCCUAGCAACAGCUCCGUCUACGACAACAGCACGUCUGGAAGUGGAAUGAACUUAUUCGAAGAAGAGACUGACAAUUUUUGUAACUACACUCAAAUAGUGAACUCUAGCUUUGAUUCUUCUGUCAAUGCCAACUCCGUUUCGAGGGUCCCUUUUCAGACUUGGUUUGUGCUCAUCUCCAUCGUAACGGUGGCCAUUAUUGGCAGAAUCACCAGCAUCACUGCCACCAUGGUCCUCAUCAAUAACUCCUCUUUGCCCAGCACUAAGGGGAUGGUGAAUGGAAUGGGGCAGGCUCUGGCCGCCGUGGGGCGUUCUUUAGGACCCGUGGUUAGUGCUCCAAUAUUUGCAUGGAGCGAAACAACAGGUCUCAGCUGGCCACUAAACUUUCACUUCAUGUUCGAUCUGAUGAUAAUCUCAGCUGCUGUAGUCUUUGCACUCAGUUUCUUCCUACCCAAAUCGAUAGAGUACAAGAGAGAACCACCACCCCCUGAACCAUCAACUACCCCCCCUCCAGAUAUUGAGCAACCAAUCCCUGAGAUACCAACCCCUGAACCAUCAGCUACCCCUCCUCCAGCUAUUGAGCAACCAACCCCUGAGAUACCAACCCCUGAACCAUCAGCUACCCCUCCUCCAGCUAUUGAGCAACCAACCCCUGAGAUACCAACCCCUGAACCAUCAGCUACCCUUCCUCCAGAUAUUGAUUAUACGAUUUCUGCCAAGCUCUGGGUGUUGAGAACAGACUGGUACAGGCCUCGAGUCGGUCCGGUAAUCCCACUGGGUACUUGAUGCAGCAGCUGUGCUCACAACCCAGUGCCACUUUCGAUAAAUUGGAGACAGCACUGGGUCAAAUCGGACAUGCAGAUUUGUAUUACGAUUUGGUUUUCCAAAUGCAAAAUGAUGGUAUGGAUGAUGAAAAUAAUU